AUGGAUUCAGGAGGCUUCAUGCAAGCCUUCCAGAAUGAGCUUAUCUGCUCCAUCUGUAUGAACUAUUUCAUAGAUCCUGUCACCACAGACUGCGGGCACAGCUUUUGCAGUCCCUGCCUGCACCUCUGCUGGGAGGAAGCCCUAACCCCACUGAGCUGCCCUGAGUGCAGGGCAGUGUCAGAGAAGCUGGAGUUUAAAACCAAUAUUGUUCUCAAGAGGCUGGCUUCCCUUGCCAGACAGGCUAGAGCUAACCACAUCAGCAGCUCUGAGCAGCAGAUCUGUGCGACACACCAAGAAGCGAAGGGGCUCUUCUGUGAGGUGGACAAGACCCUGCUCUGUGUGUCCUGCUCUGAAUCCCCAGAACAUGGGGCUCACAGCCACUAUCCACUACGAUGGGCUGCUGACGAAUACAGGGAGAAACUUCUAAAGAGAAUGGGCUCUUUAUGGAAAAUGAAUCAAGAAAUGCAAAACAAUCUGACUCAGGAAACUGACAAAAUCCAGUCAUUUGAGAACUAUGUGUCCUUGAGGAAGGUGACCAUUCGAGCUCAAUAUCAGAAGAUGCAUCUAUUUCUCCAGGAGGAGGAGCAAGUCCAUCUGGAGGCGCUGGAGAAGGAAGCCAAGGAGACUUCCGACCAACUCAAGGAGAGUGUAUUCAGAAUGGCUCAACAGAAGGAAAGUCUGAAAGAAAUGUACAGAGAGCUGACGGAGGUGUGCCACAAGCCUGAUGUGGAGCUGCUCCAGGUGAGAAGGGAGAGCCCAUUCUCAGAGGCAGAAACACUUUUCUGGGACUUCCGAAAUGCAAUGGAAAGUAUAACUGAUGUCAUUCUUCACAGGGCUGAGCUGGUACAGAUGCAGAAGCCUCAGCCAGUGAACCCGGAGCUCACUUCCUGGCCCAUCGCUGGAACCUUAGACAUGCUGAACACCUUCAGAGUGGAUAACAUUGUGAGUCUGAAAACGACCAUUCCAAACGUGAGCCUUUCUGACGAGGAUGCACGUGUGACAUCUGGAGGUGACCAUCACGGCGAGGCCGCAGAGCCCCAGAGGGCGGAGGGAUUUGCGGUGUGGGGAGCUGAGGCCUUCACCUCCGGGAGGCAUUACUGGGAGGUGGAUGUGAGCCACUCCCCGAACUGGGUCCUGGGAGUUUGUGAAGAUGUCUUGACAAAUGUUACUGACAUCAUUAAUAAUUCUGUGGAAGCAUUUCUUCUAUUUUCGACGAAGGUGAACAAUCAUUAUAUUCUCUCCACCAACUCCCCAGCGUUAAUUCAGUAUGUGAAGAGGCCUCUGGGUAGGGUUGGGGUGUUUCUGGAUUACGACGAUGGAACUGUGAGCUUCUAUGAUGUUUGCACGGGGUCCCUCAUUUACAGUUUCCUCCCAUCCCCGUUCUCUUCCCCUCUGAAGCCUUUCCUUUACCUGAGAGCCCCAUGA